AUGGCCCCCGGCAUCGUCGAACCUCUCCCAACGGCGGAAUUAGAAACCAUCCCAGCAAAGACCUAUCCAUCCCACUCACUCUUUCACCAUACUCUCAUCACGCCCGACCCGGAUGCCUUCAAAUUUCACGCUUCCGCGUCGCUGCAGUUGCGAUUCGGGCCUCAUACGCCGGCAUUAUCAGAUGACCGGCUCAUCGUAUCACCGUACAACGACCAAGCCCACCUGCUGGACCUGCGCCGGCUCGACCGCCCGAAUCAGUUGCUCGCCAAGGCGCUGACGAUCCUCCAACCCAUCCGGCCAGAUUAUGCCACAGCCCCCUACACGGAGUCAUUCAAUUGGACGGCCGUGUUCGACUUUCUGCGCACAUUGUCCCAGGUCGAAGGGUAUCGAUGGACCCAGCAGGACUUCUAUGUGGUGGUGUUUCGAUCGGUCCUGAAUGCGGACGCCGACCCGGAGCGGUUGCACGCGCUGGACGCACAUUCGCAUCAGGAGGCCACGGCCAGCGGGGGGUUGUUGAAGUACUGGUUUGGGACGAAGGAUGAAGAGCGACGCAAUCUGGCUACUUGCAUCUGGCGCAGUCGGGAGGAUGCGCGCCUGGGAGGAACGGGCCCGUGGCAUAAGCGAGCACGUGGAGCAGCGCGCGAAUUGUAUGAACGGAUUGAAUUCACCACGCUGAAAUUGGUGGUGGGGGAGGAUGCUGGGACGUGGUCGAUUGCCGAGUGGGAGGAGGCGUAA